UAUUGUUUACAUAGUGGCAGGGCAGAGAGUGGCAGGCUGGAUGUGACCUGACCUACGCCCUGUGACCUGUGACCUGCACGUGUGUCAGGCGGGUAGGAUGUGGCAGUGCAGGAAGUGUGGCAGACCGGUGUUCUUUGCGGAACGGAAGCAGUCUCUAGGGUUCGACUGGCACCCUAACUGUCUGCGGUGCGAGGAGUGUGGCAAACGACUCAACCCAGGCCAGCAUGCUGAGCACAAGGGGGUCCCAUACUGCCACCACCCCUGCUAUGGUGCUCUGUUUGGGCCGCAGCUAUUUGGCCACGGCACACGCAAUGAGUGCCACACCUCCUUCGGAAAGGUGGAGAACAGGGACGGCCAAGUGAAAAGGUCUCAUCUGGAAUCAAGCCUCAAAGUGUACAACCAGUUCUAUGAAGGAAAGCCAGGAGAGAUUAAGAGCAGAGAGGUUAAUGGGCGGAUGAUUCUGGAGGGGGUACUGAAGAUCUACUGGGGGGUGAGAAAUGUUAUCCACCUGAAGGAAGAGGAUGACCAGCGGACCUUUGCCAUCCGUCGCCGAUCCACCGCCACCACCACCACCUCAUCCGCUGGGCCCUCCGAUGACUUCUACUCUGAUAGUGAUGAGGAACAAACAUUAUGGUGCGACGACCCCCCAGUUAAUGGCUGCCGCACCCCUACCACACAGGGCCCCAGCUCCCCCCACACCCCCACACCCCAGACUCCAACCACCCCUGGGAGAAGAAGAGAGGAGGAGGAGGAGGAGGAGGAGGAGGAAGAAGGAAGACAGGAAGGUGAAUUUAGUGGUGACAGUACAAUGAAACCUACUACUAUUACUACUACUACUACUACUACUAUUUUAGACAGUGCCAACAAUAAGGAUAGUAAAAAUGAAGAUGGAAGUGCGGAUGUGGAAGGAAAUGAAAGGCGAGAGGAGAGUUCAUCCUCCACCACCGCCACCACCACCACCACACCAGUCCGCCGCGCUGCCACCAAGACAGGCAGCUCCGCAAUUCGCCGUCGGCCCGGGAGGCGUAUGGACAAGACUAAGCUGAAGCGACGAUGUUCAAUUAAUGGCCACUUCUACCUGCGAGAGACCAGCAGCUUCACCCCCCACGCCUCUCCCUGCAGUGUGUGGAUCACCUCUCUGGUCACUGUGGGGGAGGUCCUCAGCAUGCUCCUGGAGAAGUACAGAGUGGAAAUGUCAGCCAAGAACUUUGCCCUCUUCGUUAUAAAGGAUAAUGGAGAGAGGCGUCGGAUCCGUGAUGAGGAGUACCCGCUGAUCACACGGGUCAUGCUGGGUCCACAUGAGGAGGUGGCGCGAGUCUUCAUUGUCGACGCACACCACACUGACGAGAUCUCCCCUCAGGUGGCACAGUUCCUUAACCUGAGUCUGGCUGAGUGUCGGGCCAUCCUGCAGCAGUACCAGCAGGAGGAGGUGCGGCAGAUCAAGGCAGUCAGGCAGAAAUAUGCGGACAUGGCCUCCUACAUUCAGAGGAGAAUGAAGGAACUGAGAGGGGUGUAGAUAGAA